CGUAACAUGAAAGAAUAACCGUUCGCCUUUCACAUUUUUACGACCAGUUUUACUGAAAAUUUCAGAGAGAAGCUAUGGCUGUAUUCCACGAUGAAGUAGAAAUAGAGGACUUUGAAUACGACGAGGAGUCUGAGACAUAUUUCUAUCCUUGCCCCUGUGGCGAUCAGUUUCAGAUCACAAAGGUAAAGUGUCUUCCAUGAGCUUGAGUUUACAAAGAUUAAACUGAUAUUAAAUAAAGCCUUUCUUCUCCCGUAUGGGUAAUUAACUAACGUAAUCUUUUAAACCACAUUAAAAUUACUGCCGUUUUCGUCAUAGGAGGAGUUGGAAAACGGGGAGGAUGUAGCUCGGUGCCCGAGUUGUUCAUUAAUUGUGCGAGUCAUCUAUGAUAUGGUUAGUUGUUUGUUUACAAUACAAUACAAUACAAUGUUCUUUAUUUUGAGAGGGUAGAUACAUGAUUAACCCAGUAAAGAGUUUUCUAACGCAUGUUUUGUUUUGUUUAUACUUGUUAUGGUUUGAACUUAUACCAGGAAACAUUUUGUCCCGGGCAUUUUGUAAGUUUGGGUGCAAUACACGUGUACAUGUAAGUUUAUAUGAACUGAUACUUUGCAAGAAGGUUGCUCAUGAUAGAGACCCUGUGAACAAUAUAACGCACGUUUCUUGUUUAAAAGUUUUAGGGCUUACCCUACAAAAUAAUCACAGAUUUAGUGAGCAUAUUAAGGUUAAACUGCAGGAGGCCAAUGAGUGUUUUUAUGUGAUAAGAUUUUUACGUAAAGCGGGAUACCAUCAACCAGAUGUAGUUUACCUAAUUAUAGAUCAAUUGUUUUACCACAACUAACGUACGGUCUUCCUUUAUAUGCCUCCUCGACACCUGAAUUAACAACGGUCCAGAAUUUUCUUCAGCGCUGCUUUAAACGCAAAUAUGUUUUGUACCAAAUUGCCAUAAUGAUGUGUUGGAGAGGUAGAUCACUCACUUUUCAAGAAGAUCUCCAGUAUGCCUGGCCAUCCUUUGUACCCUUUGGUCCCCAAAAUGAAAGAGAGUUCAGUAUGCCUUGGAAUUCCUAGCAGUCAACUCCCCAGGGUUAAUACCCAGCAUUUUAAAAGUAGUGUUUUUUUAAUAGCUUAUUGGCUAUUUUUCAAAUAUAGGGUAGCUCUUUAAUGUAAUAUGGAUAUUGAAUGUUAUUCAAUACUUCUACGUGGAAUUUUUUAACGCUUGUAGUUCUUUCUGCUGUUUUUAAUGUAAGUGUUCUUGGUUUUUAGCAUGUCUUUUUGCUUACAAAACAAUAUAGACCUUUAUUAUUAUUAUUAUAUGCACGCACAAUUUAUGGAAAGACAAAAGGCAACUAUUGGUCAAUAUACGUGAACAUGAGUCAGCUGCGUGUUAGGUGAUAUGUCAACCGACAGAUUGUCUGCACGUCACUCGCAUAUCGAAGUAUAAGCUGACUGAUAGUGUUUGUCAGUAUUUGACUAAUAAUCAGUCGACAUAUCGCUCAAUAGGCCAUCAACAUUCGGCCGAUACUAUAUAUUGAUAUGUAGCAUAUUCUUCUUCUGGAGUUAUAUUUGCUGUCUACUCAAUUUUUUGUCAUUUCUGUUGCCAAGGCAGCAGUUUUGAAGGCACUUUGACCCGUGGCAAAUGUCUGCCUAUCCUGCCUAGCAAUAUUCUUAAUGAACUUGAGUCCAUGCAAGUAAUUUGUUCAAAGACUCCGCUCGCCCCAGUGGUGGCAUUCCAUGCAAAUGAAAAUAUCAAUACAUGGUAGCAGUAUUGACCAAGUGUUGACCAGCAUACUGACCAAGAAAAGACCAUGUGUUGGCCAAUAUGCUGUAUGUGUAUUAACCAACACAUUAGCUGAUACACGGCUGACACAUGGAUUGAUUUGUGGGCUCUGCCUAUUAGUGUUCAUUAGAGUUGAAGGUGAUGACUUUUGUACUGGUUUUUUAAAACUUCAUUGCUAGUGUCAUCAACAAUCCUAUUCAAGACUACUGGUAUUCGCAUGGGGAUUAUUAUAUUUUUUCUCACUUACUGUACAUGUAUUAUAUGAUUAGAUGUUUGCAACCAAUGAAGACACUUUUAAGCUAUAUUCCAUCAAAAUUCCUUGACAAGGAGACUUAUAGGAGUUGAUUAACCAAGAUUAAUCUAGUUCUAGUUAAUAAUAAGCACAUUGCAGCCAAUUUUCACACCUAUUGCAGCAAUUCAAAGUCUCUUUCAACUUAUUUUAAAUAACUGCUUAAUAUAUUUUUCAUCUAGGAGGAUUUUAUGGUGGCAGAAGAAGUUGUAGCACCACCACCAGUGAUGGAAAAAGCUUAAACAAACAUAGUGGCCAUUGUCACCAUGGUGGUAUUCCUUGUCAGUGAUAAUAGGAAGCAUCAAUCCAGAGCACAACUAGCAGGGAUCUGAUGUGGAACAACAGAAUUUAUUACAACUCUGCAACAGGUUAAAAUCAAGCUUAGGCAAACUUUGAGUUGCCAUAUUGCCACCACGUUGGCAUUCAGUCUUCUUGACUGUAGGGAGCAUCAAUCCUUGUAACAUCAAGUACAAAAGUUAUGGAAUAACUGAGUUGUAACUCUG